AUGGCCCCAGACCGCAAAGACACGUCCAUUUCAUCAUCGGGUGGUAAUAGUGAGGAUAAGCCCGUUACGCCCGGUCCUCUCCCCAGUGAUCAGACUGUGAGGAUUCAUCUCGGCGAGGAGUAUGAGAAGAAUCCGGGCGUUGCUCGGGUCGAAGCACUUCAUCGGCAUCUUAAUCGUACCUGGAAAUGGAUACUCUACAUCAGUAUCGGAGCGCUGUCAUACAUCUAUUCUCUUGACACGGAUACGACACCAAGCUAUCUUCCUCUCGCAACAAGUGAAUUUGGGAAGCAUUCUUUCAUUGGGACAAUCGGAACCGCUGAUGGUAUCAUUACUGCUGUUGGUAAGCCAUGUGUCGCGAAGAUCGCAGAUCUGUGGUCUAGGCCCGUAGCCUAUAGUGUAGCAAGUUGUCAAUUGCACGUCUCAUGGCAGAUACUUAGCAUUCCACCAAUAGGCUACAUCCUCGUUGCAUCCGCGCAUACGGUAUAUGCUGUCGCAGGAGGUAUGGUCAUGUACACUGUAGGGCACACUGGCCUGUUCCUUGUUACCGAUAUUAUCGUUUCUGAUAUAUCCCCUCUCGAAUGGAGAGGCUUUGCCGCUGCCUUGACCACAGCACCUGUCAUAGUAAACUCAUUCAUAGCGGGCGAAAUUGUCAGCAGCAUCGAGGCGGGUCCUGGAUGGCGUUGGGGCUACGGAAUGCAAGUCAUGAGUUUGUUCGCGAUCAUUACCCCGGCCAUCAUGGCUCCUGCGAUCAUGACCUUGUUCGCAGCUGAGCGGCGGGCGAAAAAAAAGGGCGAACUUGUCUCGGGGAGGCCAACCGACGAGUCCAAAUCACGACGCUCGGUAUUCCAAUUGCUUCGAGAGUUUACAACCCAGAUGGACAUCGUUGGGCUUGUACUUCUCGGUCUGAUCUUCGGUUUGAUUCUCUUCCCAAUUAGUUUGGCUAAAACGGUUCAUGGCGGAUGGUCAAAUGCUAGUAUGAUAGCGAUGAUCGCAGUCGGGGCUGCAUGUAUUCCUAUCUUUGUAGUCUGGGAGCGAUUUUUCGCAACCCAGGCGAUUAUGUCCAGACGUCUAAUCACCAACCGCGCGUUUCAAGCUGCGGUAGGCAUUCAUUUCUUCCAUCAGUUUGCCGACCCAUUCUGGAGCCUCUAUCUCUCCAGUUUUGUUUGGGUCGUCAAAGAUUGGGAUACGCGCUCUUGGGUGUAUUUUAACAACACCGUCAAUGUGACGACUAGUGUAUUCAACCUAGUCGGGGGCCUGAUUCUAAAAUACACCCACAGGUAUAAAUAUCUUCAAGCCUGCGGUCUCGGUAUUCGACUUAUUGGCAUUGGUCUACUAAUCUCGCCUCACGCAGGUGCGACCGUGGUCUCGACCGUAUGGAGCCAAGUUCUAAUCGGUAUCGGCGGGGCAUUCAGCGUUGUGGGCUCUCGCGUCGGAGCACAGGCUUCAGUACCACACGAAGACCUGGCGUCGCUCACGGCCCUCCUAUCGGUAUGGACGUCUUUAGGAGGCGCGGUUGGGAAUGCGGUAGCGACCGCGAUGUGGACGGCUAAUAUGCCGAGUAAUUUGGACAAGUAUCUUCCGGGUGUGCCCCAAGCGAUGAUAAACAAGCUUUACGGGUCUAUCAAGUCGGCCAGGAACGCGUCUCCGGCCAUCAGACAGGGUGUAAUUCAAGCCUAUGGUGCGACAACUCGGCCUAUGUUUAUCAUUGGUCUGGGACUGUCAUGCGUAUGCUUUAUCCUGGCGUUCUUUAUGCCGAACUACUAUCUUGGGAAGACACAAAAUGCCGUGGACGGAAAGGACUUGGCCGGGGAAGUUGUGGUAAAGCCAACGCGGACGAGACGGAGCUUUAUAGCGUGUGACAAGAGAGAGGACAAUAAUACGUCAACGGGAUAG